CGACAGAAGCAUUCACUAACAGUAAAACGAGACAAUGUCAUGCAAGCCCUCAGAUUAUUAAAUCCAACAGGAGUAUCUCUCCGUCAUAGGCGCAGAUUUGUUAGGCUAUCCUAUUGCGCCGCAGGACCCAAUCAGGUGUGGCACGUGGAUGGCUAUGACAAGCUCAAGCCCUUUGGGAUUGCCAUCAGUGGCUGCAUCGAUGGGUAUUCAAGGCGGGUUAUGUGGCUAAGUAGUGGUAGCACCAACAACGACCCUGCAGUAAUCGCUCAACAUUACCUGCAGUGUGUUUCGAGCUAUGGCCUUCCGGCUCGUCUUCGGACAGACUGUGGGACAGAAAAUGGAGACAUGGCUGCCAUCCACUGUUCUUUAAGAGAGGACCACACCGAUGAAUUUGCAGGUUCUGUCAGCCACAUGUAUGGCACUUCAACUGCCAAUCAAAGGAUUGAAAGCUGGUGGUCCUUUUUCAGGAAACAGAGGACACAGUUCUGGAUGGAUUUAUUCAGUGACCUGAGAGAGAGACACUACUUCAAUGGCACCCAUGAACACAAGUGCCUUGUACGGUAUGUGUUCCUGGGCAUCUUUCAGAAAGAGCUUGAUGAGCACCGAGAGCUUUGGAAUAAUCAUACAAUCAGGCCUGUCCGUCAGUCUCUCUGUCCAUCUGGGAAACCGGAGACCAUGUACCACCUGCCUCACAGGUUUGGUGGAAGGGAUUGUGGAUUCCCAGUGGAUCCCCAAGUGUUACAGGAGUUCAAAGACCUUCUGCCACCCACAAACAGUUUGUGUGGAGAUGCUAAUCUCCAAGCAUAUUUUGCCAACUUGGAGAGACAGAGCCAGCUCGCUCCACCCAUCAACUGGCCAGCUGCUGUUGACAACUACAUUAGACUAAAGGAAAUGGCUGGUCUUUGAGAGUAAGAGAGACAGACGUAUAGCCAGUUUAUUUUCUUUCAGACAGCAUUGCCUCCAGUGUGGUAUACUGAUAUGGACACCUUUAAUGUUUGACACAUGGUUAAAUUAAAAGCAAAGAUAUUAAUCGAUUGCAAUGACUUUCCCUUACUUUUUAAACCAUCACAAUGUAUGUUUUUGGGGUUAACCCAGUGUUGAUUAAUACGGUAUGCUGAAGCUAAAGGUGACCUUCAUGUUAGAUCAGUAACAUUUCAUGACCAAUUUAUGCAACAACAAAUAAACUUCAUUCUGAUGGCCCUUGCAAAA